AUGGGGCAAGCCCUGCAUAUGGCUACAACGAUGACGGACCGCCGAUUCCACCACCUCCAGGGGGGUAUGGAAGCCGAGGUGGGGGCAGAAAAUUACAUCCAUUAUGGGAGAAUCCCCCAGCGCAUUCCCAGGAGAUUUAAAACGACGAAACGGGUGCAGCUUUACAAUGGAAACCUUGUUUUGGAUUGCCCUGUUCCUCCUAAACUUCUUGAACUAUGUCCACUCAAGAAUGAGAGGGAGUUCACCCACAUGCGGUAUACUGCGGCAACAUGCGACCCCGAUAACUUUCGAGAUGAGGGAUAUGCAUUGCGGCAAGUUCUCUAUGACCCGCCUCGUAAAACAGAACUUUUCAUUGUCAUGACCAUGUACAAUGAAGAUGACGAACUUUUUGCACGAACUAUGCAUGGUGUUAUGAAGAACAUUCAACAUCUUACUACCCGCACCCGAUCAAGAAUCUGGGGUGCUGAGGGAUGGAAGAAAGUCGUUGUGUGCAUUGUUUCGGACGGACGCUCGAAGAUCAACUCGAGAACGCUUUCUGCUAUUGCUUCCUUGGGAGCUUACCAGGAUGGAGUUGCGAAGAAUAUUGUCGGAGACAAGCCUGUCACGGCUCAUAUCUACGAAUACACGACCCAACUUGCGAUUACGGCGAAAAAACGGAUUCAGGGUGCUGAACGAGGCGCAGUUCCAGUUCAGAUUCUCUUCUGUUUGAAGGAAAAGAAUGAGAAAAAAAUCAAUUCCCACCGGUGGUUCUUCAACGCUUUUGGUCGGGUUUUGGACCCCAACGUUUGCGUUCUACUAGAUGUGGGAACUCAACCAGGAAAUACAUCCAUCUACCAUCUCUGGAAGGCAUUUGAUCUUAAUUCAAACGUUGGUGGAGCGUGUGGCGAGAUUGUUGCUAUGAAGGGAAACUGGGGUUUGGAUUUGUUAAAGAAUCCUCUAGUCGCUGCUCAGAACUUCGAAUAUAAGAUAUUUGGUUACAUUACCGUGCUUCCUGGAGCUUUCAGUGCAUACAGGUACGUUGCUCUUCAGAACGACGCGAUAGGAGAAGGGCCUCUUCAGAAGUAUUUCCUGGGGGAGAAGCUGCACGGUGCUGGCGCCGAUAUCUUCACUUCUAACAUGUAUCUUGCUGAGGAUCGGAUUCUCUGCUGGGAACUCGUGUCGAAGCGUGGCGGUUCUUGGAUCCUCCAUUACGUCAAGUCAGCAUAUGCAGAAACUGAUGUACCUGAUCAAGUCCCCGAACUUAUCAGUCAGCGUCGUCGAUGGCUGAAUGGUUCAUUCUUCGCUGCUAUUCACGCUACUCUCAAAUUUGGUUACAUCUACCGAAGUUCCCAUACGUUCUGGCGCAAAUUUGCGAUACAUGUCGAAAUGGUGUAUCAAACAUUUAAUUUGAUGUUUUCAUGGUUUGCUCUGGCAAACUUUUACAUUGCUUUUAUUAUCCUUACCAAAGCCAUGGAAGAUCCCUCAUUCAAUUUGAAGCAUAUUGAUAUCUUUAACAACGUAUUGCAAUAUAUCUAUCUGGGCCUUGUUGUCAUGUGUUUCCUCCUCUCUAUGGGAAAUCGACCUCAAGGUUCAAAGUGGGGUUAUACAACAGCAAUGAUUGGCUUUGCACUUAUCACGGUCUACAUGACUUUUGCGGCUUUCUUCCUUGCGUUCAAGGGUAUCCAAGCUAUUGAAGGAGGAUCAAAAGGGAAAUCCCUCUGGAGCAGUUCUAUUUUCAGGAACAUCGUUGUCUCCUUGCUGGCGACAACUGGUCUUUACCUAAUUGCGUCAUUUUUGUUCUUCGAGCCUUGGCAUAUGAUUACAUCCUUUAUCCAAUAUAUCCUCAUGGCACCUUCUUAUAUCAAUGUACUCAAUGUUUACGCUGGUGAUAAUGCACCUGUGAAGACAGAUCUUGGGGUUGUUGCCAAGCCAAAGGAUAACAAUGUGGAUGUGGUUGUUCCAACUGAAGAAAAAGAUUUGAAUGCCGCUUACGAGGAUGCCCUUGCCGUACUUGAGAGCAAACCCCCACCUGCUGAGGUCAAAGUGGACGCUGGUCUGCAAGAACAGGAUUACUACAAGCAGGUUUUGCUGGCUUGGACUCUUUCGAACGUAAGUCCUGAAGAUCCUUCAUUCCCGCAUGCGACAACGAAGGGCAGCAAGGCUGUUUCUGGGUAUAUGGCCUUCUUGCUUUUCUCAGUGGCAGGACUUGCCUUCUUCCGUUUUUGCGGAUCAACUGCGUACCUUGUUGUUAGGUUAUUUGCAGGAGAGUGA